AUGGGCGGGGGAUGAAUUCUCCGCCUGAGGCAGGCCUAUCGCAUUGACGGCGGUCCAGCCAUGUAUGGUUCUCUCCUCCGUCCUCCUUCAAUCUCUCCAUCUGCCGCCACCUUUCAUCCUCCACCAUCGAUUGAAGUUCGUCUGAAUCAAAGGUCGCGAAAUGGACUACUCGUACUACUCGAACCCGCAGUCUCAACAGUACCCGCCCUUCUACGGGUUCAAUGGAGCAGCGCCCCCCGACCAGAACAACCAGAUCUCGAGCCCCGAUGACAUCCAGGAGACUCUAGCUUCAUUGAACUAUCAAACCUUCGACCCAUCGUUUCAGCCGCCCGCGGGGUCCUACGCCCUUCCGCCACAAUCGCCCCCGGAGUCUUUCUCGAAACAGUCCACCUCUAGCAAUGAUUUUCGCAACAGCCACACAGAACUGACAUCCCUCGAUGGCACUGAGGACCAAGCUGGGGGUCUAGGACCCAGCAGCAGCGAAGAGAAGGACACCUCUAUGCCGGCGCAGACGAAGCGCAAAGCGCAGAACCGCGCCGCCCAACGAGCCUUCCGCGAACGCAAAGAGCGCCACGUGCGCGACCUCGAAGACAAAGUCACCACCCUCCAAGACAAAUCCAGCGCCAUCCUCGCCGAGAACGAGCGUCUCAAGCACGACCUCGCCAGAUUCAGCACCGAGAAUGAGAUCCUGCGCGCUACCUCCCGCCAAUCCCUCGACGCCCGAGACCCCAGCCGGCCCUCACCACCGCCGACCGCCACAACCACGGGCCCAAUGCAGUAUAGGCCCACAGAUUUCUCGUCCGAUGGGGGUGCCGAUGGGGAGGACGCUUCCCCGCGCCACCGUAUCGCCGUGUGCAAGAUUACGGGCGAGAGGCUUCUUGAUGCCGGUGCGACGUGGGACUUUAUCCAGAAACAUGAGCUGUUCAAGAAGGGACUUGUUGAUAUUGAGGCUAUCUCCGGGAGGUUGAAGGGUAUGGCGCAGUGUGAUGGGCAGGGGCCGGCGUUCGCUGUGGGGGCGGUGCGUAAGGCGAUUGAGGAGGUUGCUGCUGAGGGGAAGGAUGAUUUGAUAUGAUUCCUUUCCUCUUCACUUCCUUUUUGUUUUUGAUUGAUAUUUGGUUACGAUUUACGCUUGUUAUUGGUUCUUUGAUUCAGCGGUAUGUGUUGGUCUGGUAUGGUAUGGUGUAUGUGGCGACAGAGCUCUACUAUGGAGUCUUUCGAGAACGGUUCUGGCGUGAUUUGGAUGUGUUGGUUUUAUUUCUUUUCUUGCUUCUUUUGGGACUGUACAGACAUCUCUUCGCCAUCUCAAACACAGAUGUGUGAAUGUCUGACAAUCCUUCUUUCCCAUUAAUGCCGCGGAGUUACGGGAGAUUCAACAUUCGACCACGGUCAUUUAUUUCAUGCUCUAGUUAGUUAUACGAUAUAUCCACCCCAUCUGGGUUAACAAUUUGACACGACACAGUUAC